AUGGCCAUCCCUUAUAACAGCAGUCUCCAAAAAGCUACAUUCUUUCUGACUGGGUUUCAAGGUCUAGAAAAUCUCUAUGGCUGGAUCUCUAUUCCUUUCUGCUCCAUCUACUCGACAGUUAUUUUUGGGAACCUUACCAUCCUGCAUGUCAUCCGCACUGAUGCCAACCUCCAUGAGCCCAUGUACUAUUUCUUGGCCAUGCUCGCCCUCACAGACCUGGGCCUUUGCCUUUCCACACUGCCCACUGUGUUGGGCAUCUUCUGGUUCAAUGCCAGAGAGAUUGGCAUUCCUGCUUGCUUCACUCAGCUCUUCUUCAUCCAUUCCUUGUCUCUGGUAGAGUCUUCAGUUCUGCUAUCCAUGUCCAUCGACCGCUAUGUGGCCAUUUGCAACCCGCUGCGUUACUCCACCAUCCUGACACCUGCGCGCAUCAUAAAGAUGGGACUAAGCUCCGUGCUCAGAAGUGUCCUCCUCAUCCUCCCCUUGCCAUUCCUCCUUAAGCGCUUCCAGUACUGCCGCUCCCACAUGCUGGCCCAUGCCUACUGUCUGCACCUAGAGAUCAUGAAGCUGGCCUGCUCUAGCAUCAUUGUCAAUCACGUCUAUGGGCUCUUUGUUGUGGCCUGCACCGUGGGGGUGGACUCCCUGCUCAUCUUCCUCUCCUAUGCCCUUAUCCUGCGCACCGUGCUGAGUAUUGCCUCCCGCCAGGAGCGUCUCAGGGCCCUCAACACCUGUGUCUCCCACAUCUGGGCUGUGCUGCUCUUCUAUAUCCCCAUGAUUGGCUUGUCCCUUGUGCACCGCUUUGGUGAGCAUCUGCCACAUACUGUGCACCUCCUGAUGUCUUACGUGUACCUGCUGGUACCACCGCUGAUGAACCCCAUUGUCUACAGCAUCAAGACCAAGCAAAUCCGCCAAAGGAUUGCCAAGAAAUUUAAAUUUAUAAAGUCACUUAGUUGUUUUCAGCAGGAUUAG